CUAUUUUUCCAAAGCGUGCGCAUUUUUUCAUUUCUCACACUAUUUUUUUUCUUUCGAUCAGAGAAUCCGCAGCUGUUCAUCCACUCGAUCUCUUUCUUCUUCGUUUAUUUUCAACGCUCUCACUCAGGAUGAGUAUGGUUGAAGAACCCUUUAGGCCAAGGGAGAAGCUCGUCGAAAGGCAGAGGCUUUUCCAGAGCAUUCAUAAACACACAUACCUAAAAGGACCAUUCGACAAAGUCACCUCAGUUGCCAUUCCUCUCGCUUUGGCUGGUUCUUGUCUUUUUAUGAUUGGAAGAGGAAUCUACAAUAUGUCUAAUGGGAUUGGAAAGAAGGAAUGAGUAUGUGUCUUUUGUUCUUUGAGAGUCGUUUAUGGAAUCAAAUUUAAUUUGCAAAACCCGUUUUUUUCUUUUCGUUUUUCUGCAUUUUAAGUGCUAAUAAUUUCAGAAUUACAGACAUGUUAUGAGUAGUUGAUGCAUCUUCCUUCUCAUUAAUGACAUGAUUGUAUUGUUUGUGGAGUUUGUUUACUUUUUUGAAUGAAUUUGAAAUUCGAGAAAA